GGAAAAGAUAAAAAAUUAAAAACACAAGAAAUUAGAGAUUAGAGAUUAUUAUUAUUAUAUUUAUUUAAAAAGGAGAGUGAAAAGAAAACUGAAAACUUGUCUCGUGAAGCAGCAGGUGUAGUUUGAAGAGGAAGAGGGAGAGAUUUUGUAUAUAAAACAGCAAAAUAAGUGUAGAAUUUUCUUCUUUCUUUCUUUGUUUUCUCUCUCGAAAAGCUCUGUAAAAUCUCUUCUUCUUUUCUUUUUUUUUCUCCCUCUGUGGGGGAAACAAAAUUGAGUCGCGGUUGGGUUGAAGAUUUGGGUUUUUUUAGCACUCACAUUCAUUCUUUGCUUCCUUCUUUAAUUUCACGAGAUCCCCAUCUUCUUCUUCUUCUUCCAUUUCUCUCUCUCUUGAUGAAUUCUUCAAACACUUUUCUUACGGGUCUUCGUUUGUUUCCAUCCUCCUCAGAAAUUGCCUAAACCCACAACCCCCCUCCGCCAUUGGAGAUUUUUGCGAGUUUUUUCUGUUGGGUCAACGGGGAACUGAAAUUCGUGAAACGGGGUGGGGAUAAAAUGUCGCAUUCUGGUGGAAACCCCAUUUCGGACCUUCGUUUCCACGAUCUCUCCGAUCGAUUCCGCGACUCGGUGAGUUGUGAAGCCAACAAACCCGACUUCCGAGAGCUAGAUCUGGGUUCUCCGGUUUCGCCAUUGCGGGUUCGUCACAGUGGUGGCGGCGCCGGCGGUCCCGCCGUGAGCAGUAGUUCCAGUUCAUCCGGAUCGGUUUCCGGUCGGAAUGGGCCCAACCCAGCGGCGAAGAGAUCCGAUUCGGGUCCUAAUAAUCACUCCGGCGAACUCUCUGGGUCUAGCGAGAGCAGCCCAACUGCCGCCGAGAGCCUCCGAUCCUCCGGAACCCCUAGAAAUUUCAAGUCGGGUCAUAAUAGAUCCGAUUCCGCCUCCAAUCAUCCGCUAAUCUACUCGGGUCAAAGCUCCGUUACUUCCCCAUCCAACGUUCUCCCCACCGGCAAUAUCUGCCCCUCCGGAAGGAUCUUGAAGACGAGCAUGCCCUCGAAUCGGAGCUCCAGAACCGACGUUUUGGGUUCCGGGUCGGGGAAUUACGGCCACGGAAGCAUAAUGCGGGGCCUCGCCACCGCCAAAACUUCCAUCGCCGUUGAAUCAGUCAGUAAUGUUAGUGCACGGGCCGGUGGUUUCGGCAGUGGUGGUGGAGAAUCAUUGAACAGGGCGAAACAGAGUGGGAAUCCAGAGGAGUUGAAGAGAGCAGGAAACGAACAGUACAAAAAGGGGCAUUUCGCUGAGGCUUUGAGUCUCUAUGAUCGAGCCAUUGCCCUCUCUCCGGCCAAUGCCGCUUACCGGAGCAACCGAGCAGCCGCCCUCACCGGCCUGGGGCGGCUCAGGGAGGCCGUAAACGAGUGUGAUGAGGCGGUGAGAUUGGAUCCCAAUUAUGUGAGGGCCCAUCAACGUUUGGCAUCUCUGUUUCGUAGGUUAGGGCAGGUGGAGAAUGCCAGGAAACACCUUUGUUUUCCGGGUGUUCAGCCAGAUCCAUCCGAGCUGCAGAGGUUGCAGGUAAUAGAGAGGCAUAUAAGUCGAUGUGGGGAUGCCCGUCGAGUCGGAGAUUGGAUAAGUGCAUUAAAGGAGGCAGAUGCUGCAAUUUCUGGUGGAGCCGAUUCUUCACCUCAGCUGUUUAUGAGUAGAGUGGAAGCACUUUUGAAGCUUCAUCAGAUUGAAGAUGCUGAAUCCAGUCUAUUUAGCAUUCCAAAGUUACAUCCAUCAACCAAUGCGUCCUCACAAACGAAGUUUUUCGGAAUGCUUUCGGAAGCUUACUCUUACUUCAUCCACGCUCAAAUUGAGAUGGCGUUAGGAAGGUUUGAGAAUGCAGUUACAUCUGCUGAGAAAGCUGGGCAGAUUGAUCCCCGAAAUGUAGAAGUGGCAAUGCUGCUUAAUAACGUGCGCUUGGUCGCUAGAACUCGUACCCGUGGCAAUGAUCUCUUUAAAUCAGAAAGGUACACAGAAGCCUGCUCAGCAUACGGGGAAGGUCUAAAGCUUGACCCUUCAAACUCGGUUCUCUAUUGCAACCGGGCAGCCUGUUGGUUUAAACUUGGAAUGUGGGAGCGAUCCAUCGAAGAUUGUAAUCAAGCAUUACUUAUCCAACCAACUUACACGAAAGCCCUUCUUCGAAGGGCUGCCUCAAAUAGUAAGCUCGAAAGAUGGGAAGAGGCUGUAAGAGACUAUGAAGUUUUAAGGAUGGAGCUUCCAGAUGACAAUGAAGUUGCUGAAUCUCUUUUCCAUGCUCAAGUUGCAUUAAAGAAAUCCCGUGGAGAAGAAGUUCAUAAUUUGAAGUUCGGUGGUGAAGUCGAGGAAGUGUCGAACCUAGACCAGUUUAGAGCUGCCAUAUCGUUCCCAGGCGUCACCGUGGUUCAUUUCAAAACAGCAUCUGAUGUGCAAUGCAAGCAAAUAUCGCCAUUCGUGGACACCCUUUGUCGUCGCUACCCUUCCAUCAAUUUCCUCAAGGUGAAUCUAGAAGAAAGUCCAGCAAUUGCAGACACUGAAAACGUAAGGAUUGUACCAACAUUCAAGAUUUACAAAAGCGGAAAUCGAGUGAAAGAGAUCAUAUCUCCAACUCGCGACAUGCUGGAGCAUUCAGUGAGGUAUUAUAGCUUAUAGAACUGAGGUCUACUACUGCUGCUGCAAGUGCUCAUCUCUCUUUUUAGCAAAUCUCCUCUUCCUGCCUGAACGCCCCCUGUUUGAAAGAAACAACCGCCAAAAGUCCUUCCUACCUUAUAAGGAAUUACCCGAUAACCGUGACGAUUAGAAGGUCAAAAUAAUCCCCAUCAGCCAACCCAAAUGCCAGUGGAAUUCAGGGAGAUAGUUUAGUUCAUUUUUGGAGUUGUUAUUCUAUUCAUUCAUUCCCCAUUGCUCUCUGGUUCCAUUCUUUUCCCCUCCCAUCUCCUUUUGUCGCAUAUCAUUUUUCCAUAAGGUUACCCCUUACCCCUUCAAUCCGUCUCGAUUUGUUAUUGGCCUACUCCACUCCCCCAUUCCCCGUCGAAUCGAACGCAGUAGAAUCCAAGAGGGAGAGAGAAAUGGGUGUUGGUAAAUGAGGAUCUGUACAUGUAUAUAUGAUAUAUACACAAAAAGAAAAAACCAAAAAAAGAAAGGAAGAGGAGAGGGGUGGAUGAAUGAAUGAAUGCAUGAAUGGAUGGGUGGGAUUAUAUGGUGGGUUUCUGAUGGGGUUAGUGAAAAAGAAGGGUGAAUACAUUGUUUUACCAUCAUUGUUAGUUCUUCUUCUUCUGUUCUUCAAACAUUUUCCCAUUUAAUAAAAAAAAAGUCUUCAUUUUCCUCU